AUGUGGGAACCGCCGGACGGUGAGUCGCUUUAUGUUGAUGUCGGCGCUUUCAUGGAAGGACCGCAGUAUGCUGACCCAGAUAAUGCGCUUAGACGGACAGGUCUCACCAUGAAGGAACGGCAACGCGACGAGCAUGGAAUGGAAGAAGUGGACGGUCUGUUCUCGUCUCCUGAGAAAUCGCCCGCGAUACUAGACGAGUUCGACCAUCCGGACGACGAUGAUUCAGCCAGCUCUGAGAUGUCCAUUGAAGAUGGCAACGCGCCGGGGCCUAUGGACUUUCUUGGUUCGUCAAACGGAGCGCGCAAUACGUUUCUGCCCCCGCCGUCUCGAUCACCUGCGAAGGCUCCUCGGAGAUCUCCUGUUCUGCGAUCUUCUCCAGAAGCUAGGGAAGACCUCGUGUCAUCUAGUCCUUCUGAUGGCAGACGGCUGUCUUCCGCACGAGGGGGCUCGCGUCAAGACCCAGCUCCCUUAACUAGUCGCUCUGUGAAUGCAGGCGCGCCCAACAAGAAACCCAAUGUACGGCAUAAUCCGAAAACACAGUUGGCAACAACCGAAGCAGCCGACUUCUCUGAUGGCGAGGGCGACGAAAAUGCGGAGUCCUUCGCUCAAAUUCAAGACGAUUUCGGCGACAGCUUGGAUGAUGGCGAUGAGACUGUGAUGCCGCCGGAUGAAGAGCCAACAGAAACCAUCGGACAAGAUCUAAAUGGCACAGCAGACGAAGCGUCCCCUGCAGCUGAGGACUCGCCCCACACGAAGAAGACACAACGGUCGAAGAAAGGGCCUGCCGCCAAAACGGCGAAGGCAACCAACACUGACGCUAAGCCACCCGGGCGACGAGGACGGCCUCCAAAGGCCCAGCGCGCCGCAGAUGAGCCCUCGGAGGCUAGACCAGCCAAGAAGCAGAAGACCGCAACCGGCGAGUCAUCUCGGGCUCCUCGCGAGCCAUUGGACCCCGAACUGGACCGUGUGGUCGAGAACUAUGCCCAGCGUUCCGGUCCAUUGAAAGGUCGCAGUCUAUAUAUUCUCAAACGCGAGGAUCCCAGCAGCACCGAUACCACCCACACCCGCUCAGGGCGAGUGUCUGUGCGGCCUCUUGCAUAUUGGCGCAACGAGCGAUGUGUGUUUGGUGAUGGGGAGGCGGCUGAGGGACAGCGUUACCCGCUCUCAACGAUCAAAGAAGUCAUACGCACCGAGGAGCUCGAGCCAGAAAAGCAGAAGAAGGGCAAGCGUGGCCGCAAGGGCAAGUCCAAGAAGCGAAAGAAUGAGUCCUCGGAUGAGGAGGAGGAAGAUGAAGAUGCCGAUGGUUGGGAGAAGGAAGGUGUUCUUCAUGGUUAUGUCCCCAAAUGGGACCCUGUAGCGCAGGCCAGCACCUCAGAGGAGGAAGUGCUAGACAUCGCGUAUGCACCUUCUGGGUUCGAGACAAGAGAAGUCAAAGGCGCGACAUUCCGCUUCGCGAAGCUGCUCAGUUCUUCAUUCAUUGGGUCCGGUGUUGUCGAACUUCCGCCAGAGGGUAUCAAGAAGCCCAAGAACUCGAAGAAGAUGCACAUGGUCUUCUACGUCUGCUACGGCCGAGUGCAAGUCGACAUUUCCGGCGUUCAAUUCAGCGCUGGCAAGGGAUCCGUGUUCCAGAUUCCACGAGGCAACUACUAUAGCUUCCAGAACUCGCACAAUAAAGAUGCCCGGCUGUUCUUCACGCAGGGUUGUAUCCCAGGCGAAGGGGAGACUGAAACACCAGCGCCAUCUGGGAGCGCAAUGCAUGAGAGCGAAUUUGAAGGUGACAGCGGACCAUCCAACCCCCCGGCCGCAAAGACCCGAGGUCGUCCCAAGGGCAAACAGAAGGCCAAAUGA